AUGUUAACCCCACAACCCCUUGUGCUACCCGUUAAACUACAAAAACUGAAAAAACAUGUUAAUACUGUCGAAGGAACAUUCAAUUCAUUCACAUUUCAACCCGAACAAAACCAAGAACAACCCGCUAAAAUUAUCACCAUCGAUGAGAGAUGCGAAAGUGCUAGCAUCGACACUGGCGAGACUGGCGAUUUUGCCAUAACAACGACCGACUCGUUCGAUUCAAUUACCACGUACAUAGACGAUUUUAUGGCUGCCGAAAAAGAGAUACCCAAAGUAUUCACAACCCCCGUAGCCGUCAUCCAUAAAGGGAAAGAUAUGGCCGCGAUAAAAAAAAAAUUCGACGAAGAAGAAACGCCGACGGUCUCUGAAGCAAAGAAGAAAAAAACCCCCGCUCCCCGAAAACGCGAAUGCGGUCGUCCAACAACCGAUCAACAACUGGUUCGUAUGGAUGAUUUCAACGACCUGCAAGCUUUACAACUAACACGUCGUCAGCUAACCCUACCCGAUGUACGUGGUAAAUGUAAGAAGUCACGAAAAAUUCUCACAAAACUCCCAAACGAUAUUGUUGUCAAUACAAUGAGACAAUAUCAGACCUACGAACUAUUCGCCGAUACACGUGAAAAAGCCUUACAAGAUAUUCAGGAAAAACGUGAACUGUUGGAAAAGAUCAAUGCCGCAGAAUACGUACUGUCUACAUUAUUAAAACAACAAAAUGAUAGUGACUCUAGCGCAUAA